AGAAAGAGAAGCUGUUUAGUCCUACUAAGUACUUUGUUGAAGAAGUUGUCAACAGCUUUGAUGAGUCUGACCUCCACAGAACUUGGAUCAAGAAGCGCUCGAGACGUUUUUGUCUUUAAAAGUACUAAAUAAGGAUUUUCAUUUUAUGGGCUAAGUGAAAGGUUGUCAAUGAUGUUUCAUCAGUGUAGUUGAGAAAAUUAAAGGAGAAAAAGGAAAGUCAUGCACUCGUCUCUAUUUCUUUAUUGGUUCUAUAUUCUAUUCUGCAAAAAAAAUAAAAUAGGAAGUAUAUAUAUAUAUGAUAAAGAGAAAUUGAUGGAAAUUAAGAAAAGGACAUUGUAGGUAGUGGCAACAAGGAAUUCUCGUGAGAGGAAUAAUAGGCUCGAGAAUAUGUGCUGGCGCAUCUGGCAUCUUACCCGCAAGAAGAAACAGAUAGCCUGGGAUGAUGCACAAAAACUAGUAAAACGGCGACUUGAACUAGAGAAAGGUCGUUUUGAUGCAGCAGAAGAUUUUUCUGAACUUUCAGAAGGUGAGAAGGAGAAAGGAGAUAUAAAUACAUCAGAGUUUCACCAUGUCAUAUCAAGGAUUAACUCGGAUACACAGAUGUGGUCUGAUGAAGAUAAACCAAGGCAACUCUACAUUGUCUUGAUCAGUAUCCAUGGAUUGGUGCGUGGAGAAAACAUGGAACUUGGCCGAGAUUCUGACACUGGUGGUCAGGUGAAGUAUGUAGUAGAGCUUGCUCGAGCACUUGCAAACAUGAAAGGAGUUCAUCGGGUUGAUCUCCUGACUCGGCAAAUCACAUCCCCAGAGGUCGACUCUAGCUAUGGUGAGCCAAUUGAGAUGCUCUCAUGCCCAUCUGAUGCUUUUGGCAGCUGUGGCGCCUACAUUAUUCGAAUCCCCUGCGGACCACGUGACAAGUAUAUUCCAAAAGAAUCACUCUGGCCUUACAUACCAGAAUUUGUUGAUGGGGCAUUAAGCCACAUUGUGAAUAUGGCAAGGGCUAUAGGGGAGCAAGUCAAUGGUGGAAAAGCAGUGUGGCCUUACGUAAUUCAUGGGCACUAUGGUGAUGCUGGAGAGGUAGCAGCCUGCUUAUCUGGAACCCUAAACGUACCAAUGGUGUUAACAGGACACUCACUAGGAAGAAACAAGUUGGAGCAAUUGCUUAAACAGGGCAGACUCACUAAGGGGGACAUCAAUACCACCUACAAGAUAAUGAGGAGAAUAGAAGCAGAAGAGUUGGGACUAGAUACCGCUGAAAUGGUGGUAACUAGCACAAGACAAGAGAUUGAUGAACAAUGGGGUUUGUAUGAUGGUUUUGACAUUCAGCUGGAGAGGAAACUGAGAGUUAGGAGACGGAGAGGAGUGAGUUGCCUCGGGAGAUACAUGCCGAGGAUGGUGGUUGUACCACCGGGGAUGGACUUCAGUAACCUGAAUACACAAGAUUCACUGGAAGGAGAUGGAGAUCUCAAGUCAUUGAUUGGCGCAGACAAAAGUCAAAAGAGACCUAUACCACAUAUAUGGUCUGAGAUUAUGCGAUUCUUCGUUAACCCUCACAAGCCAAUGAUACUUGCACUUUCACGUCCAGAUCCUAAGAAGAAUGUAACUACUUUGCUCAGGGCUUUUGGAGAAUGUCAAGCACUUAGAGAACUAGCCAACUUAACUCUGAUCCUAGGUAACAGAGAUGACAUUGAUGACAUGUCCAGUAGCAGCUCUGCAGUACUCACAAUUGUAAUAAAGCUCAUUGACAAGUACAAUUUGUAUGGCCAGGUGGCAUAUCCAAAGCGUCACAAGCAACCAGAGGUUCCUGAUAUAUAUCGCCUGGCUGUAAAAACUAAGGGAGUGUUCAUCAAUCCAGCUCUUGUUGAGCCAUUCGGCCUCACUCUUAUUGAGGCAGCUGCUUAUGGUUUGCCUACAGUUGCUACCAAAAAUGGAGGGCCAGUAGAUAUACUCAAGGCACUAAACAAUGGGCUACUCAUUGAUCCACAUGAUCAAAAAGCCAUAGAAGAUGCUCUUCUAAACCUUGUUGCUGACAAGAAUCUAUGGCUGGAGUGCCGUAAGAAUGGCCUAAAGAAUAUCCACUGCUUCUCAUGGACAGAGCACUGCCGGAAUUACCUCUCCCAUGCUCAACACUGCAGAAAUCGCCACCCUGUCAAUCGUCUUGAGGUCAUGAAGCCAGCUCCUGAAGAACCUAUGAGCGAAUCACUAAGAGAUGUUGAAGACCUUUCUCUUAAAUUUUCCAUUGAUGUGGAUUUCAAGGCCAAUGGAGAGCUUGAUAUGGCAAGAAGGCAGCAUGAACUUGUUGAGAUACUCUCACGGAAAGCUAAUUCAAUUAGCAAGCCUGUUGUUAGCUACUGCCCUGGGAGAAGGCAGGUCCUAUAUGUAGUGGCAACUGACUGUUACAACAGUAACGGAUCUCCUACUGAGACCUUAUCUCUAACAGUCAAGAAUAUAAUUGAAAUUGCAAGAUCCAGGUCCAGCCAAAUAGGUUUAGUUUUUCUGACAGGCUUGAGUCUGCAAGAGACUAAAGAAGCGGUAAACAGCUGCCCAACAAAUUUCGAAGAUUUUGAUGCAUUGAUUUGCAGCAGUGGAAGUGAAAUAUACUACCCAUGGAGGGACUUAGGACUAGAUGACGACUAUGAAGCCCACAUUGAGUAUCGGUGGCCAGGUGAGAACAUUAAAUCAGCAGUGAUGAGGCUUGCUAAAAUCGAAGAAGGUUAUGAGCAUGACAUUGCACAAUGUUCUAGUGCAUGUAGUUUUCGAUGCUACUCAUAUAGCAUUAAGCCAGGAACCGGAGUACGGAAAGUUAAUGACCUUCGUCAGAGGCUACGUAUGAGAGGCUUCCGUUGCAAUGUUGUUUACACACAUGCUGCAUCAAGGCUGAAUGUGACACCAUUAUUUGCAUCGAGAUCCCAAGCACUGAGGUAUCUCUCAGUUAGAUGGGGAGUUGAUCUUUCUAGGAUGGUUGUUUUUGUGGGGGAAAAGGGAGAUACAGACUAUGAAGCCCUGCUUGUGGGCCUUCACAAGACUGUGAUUCUAAAACGAAGUGUGGAAUAUGCAAGCGAGAAACUUCUUCCCAAUGAAGACAACUUCAAUACAGAUGAUAUAGUUCCUCUAGAGAGUACAAAUAUAUGUGCAGCUGAAGGAUAUGAACCCCAGGAUAUCUCUGCAGCCUUGGAGAAGUUAGGGGUCAUGUAAAGUCUCGGAUGAUGUUUCUAUUUGACUAUUUCCUUUGCAAUAUCACAAGCAAAACUUCAGUCAAAAAGUGAGCACA